AUGCACCACAGCGCAGAACAUGAGACUGCUCGCAUCACUAACCUCACAAAACAGUAUAGUCCUGGUUGGUUCUACAGGAACGUCUGGUCAAGAUUCAGCAAGAACAAAAGAGAGACUGUGCAUGCCGUCAACGAUGUCAGCUUCACCAUUCGCGCUGGCGAGAUUCAUGUUCUGUUGGGCGCCAACGGUGCCGGAAAGAGUACAAUGAUGGACCUUAUUGCCGGUCUUCAAUCACCCACAAGCGGAACCAUCGACAUCAACGGAUCUGGAGGUGUCGGUAUCUGCCCACAGAAAAAUGUUCUCUGGGACAAACUCACCUGCGAAGAGCAUGUCUACUACUUCAAUCAGCUCAAGGCAGAAGGGCAAAGGGAAAGAGCUCAGACCACCAGGACCUGCUCUCCAAAUGCGAUCUCGCUCAUAAAAUUUCUGCUCGCUCUGAGACUCUGUCAGGCGGACAAAGAGGAAACUGCAACUUGCGAUGAUGCUUACAGGAGGCAGUAA